UCCCCAAACAGAAGCGUGGAGAAGCAUCUCCCCCAUCCCGAUCCAUCCCCGCCGCCGCCUGCGCCCUUCCCAGCGCCGCCCCUCUCCCCGCCGCCGCCUGCGCUCUUCCCCUGCGCCAACUCUCUACCCCCCGCCGCCCUUCCCCAUCCCCGCCUGCUCCCUUCCCCACCGCCGCCGGCGUGCCCUCGCUUCGCCGCGCCGAUCUCCUCCGGCCCCACAGCACCUAGCCGCGGAGCUCCUCCGCUCCCCGCGUCACUCCCCACUGCGCCCAAGCUGGACCAUGUUGAAGGCUUGAAGCAAUCUUUACAUUUGGUUCUUGCGUAAUUGAAGAAAAUGAAAGAAGGAAGAGAAGAAGGAUUAUAUCAGUAGAACUCUUUUAUGCAAUAAUUUUGUGUUAAGAAAAGCAACAGUGACCUAUCCCACUUGGUGAAAUGCCUUGUUACUAUGACGUAGAUGACAUCCUCAUGGAGGAGGAGUCUAUUUCGGUUGUUUUUCAAGUAACUGCAAACGGCGUUGGCCUGCUAGAUCCUGGUGCUGAAAGGAACACUGUUGACAAGGGUGCUAAGGUAGACCUUCCAUUUUGGCUUGCGCACGGGAUGCUGUCUCUAGAACAAGCGGUGUCAAUAAGCGUACCUCUGUGCUUCACCCAGAAAACUCGGAAGGAGAUCCAAGCUGAUGCAGCCUGUGUUGAUUUGAGGAUCCGGUGUCCUUACUUUUAUGAGCUCGGAUGCAAGAUUGUUCCUUUGGUGAGUGACAAGAGCAUUGGCCAGUUCUUGCGCUAUGCAUUUACCAGUAGAUACAGGGAGAUACUAAGCAAAUCACACAGUUCUUCCACAAUGACAGUGCCCAAGUUUGUCCCACGCCUUACAAAAGAAGAAACCCAAGUGUUUGAGUCCGCAAGGGAAUCGAUGGCCGCUUUCAAGAAAUGGCGUGUUGGUGGUGCAAGGCUGCAGAAGGCAUCCAUUCUUGGCAGGAAGAGGAAGACAAAGCUGCCUGAUGGGCCUUCUACCCCUUGAACUAUAUUUACGUUGGCUGGAAUGAGAGCUCUUGAGCAGUGACCUGAUAUAUGUGCGCUCGUCGGUCUGGUACUUGAGGAAAACCAAGAAGAUGUGAAAGCAAUGUUUGUCUGAGAUCAGACAUAUGUGUAUCCUAAUUCCUAUCUCGUGGUGGUUGGACAUGCACGUUGUCUGGCUGCAAAUCUCAUGCUCGAAGUCGAAGGUCUUCUUGCUUGCUUAUAAUCUGACCAAUAUUAAGUAGAACAUUGCACUAGAGCUGCACAGGUCAUUUUAGAAAUUGGUUAGUUUUUACCAUGAACCGAACAUGCUCUAGUUUGUAUGGGAAAGAACUGGAGAAACAAUGCAGCAACAGUGUAAUUCUUAUGUUUUAACGGUAGCUCGACUUAUGCUACGAUCAGACAUUCAGACUACAGGGCUACAGGCUAUUGAUCCUUAGUUUAUAUCUAUACAUGUCAUAUCUACAUCAAUUGCAAUCCUCGAAGGUUUGCGAAAAUAAUAUAAUCCCUUUUUCUCUCAA